AUGCACACUGCAGCCUGCUCUCGCCUCCUUGUCCAGUACAAAGCUGCCUUCAAGCAGGUCCAGGGCCUGGAGAUCAAUUCCAUCGAUGACUUUUGCCACAAGAUUCGGCUUGACUAUCCGCUGGCCAUGGAAAGGAUCAAGGAGGAUCGGCCAACCACCAUCAAGGAUGACAAGGGCAACCUCAACCACUGCAUCGCAGAUAUUGUAUCGCUCUUCAUCACCGCGAUGGACAAGCUGUGCUUGGAAAUACGGGCCAUGGAUGAGAUCCAGCUGGACCUCCAGGAACUGAUGGAAACCAUGAACCACAUGAGCCACCGCCCCGCCCCGCCCGACUUUGAGGGACAGCAGAAGGUUAACCAAUGGCUACAGACGCUGAGUGGGAUGUCGGCGUCAGAUGAACUGGACAACCCGCAGGUCCGGCAAAUGCUCUUUGACCUGGAAUUGGCUUACAAUGCCUUCAACCACUUCCUGCACUUGUGA